UGGCGAAGAAUUGUGUUUAGAACUUUGAGCAGUGUGUACCCUCGCCCUCAGAGCCCGCAGCGAUCCUUCUCGCUCCUGUUGCUGCAUCCUUAUCGGAGUUUGCUGUUGUAGUUGUUGUUGUAUUUUCUGGUUAAGCUUUUAACCAUGGCAUUCGGAAUCUCAAAAGGGAUGGUGGCUCCUCUUAUGGUCAUCAACUUCUGCCUCUACUUGAUCUCGGCUGCUAUCGCUGGGUAUCUCUUGAACAGUGCAUUCGACCAUGUUUCAACCUCUGGAAACCCUGCCACGAGCACUUUCCUCACUUUCGUCUUGAUUGCUAGCAUGGUUGGUUUGGCCUCCGUCAUAGCUGGAGCCCACCACCUGCGUGUGUGGCGCACAGAGAGCCUUGCCUCAGCUGCCGCAGCCGCUACGAUUGCGUGGUUGCUGACUCUAUUGGCCAUGGGCGUUGCAUGCAAGGAGAUUCACUUCCGUUACGGGCGCAACAAGAGACUGAAAACCAUUGAGGCUUUCAUGAUCAUCUUGUCCUUGUUCGAGCUGCUAUACCUGUUGGCUCUGCACGCUGGCUCUGUUACACGUGAGGGUUACGCUAACACUCCCGGAGACAGGAAUGUCAAGAACCCCAAUUACGGUACUCCUGCAGCGGCCGCCGUCUAAGUCUGCCCAUCAAACAAUGUGGUCUUUGCUCUCGAUUGUGUUCAGAGUACUGCAGUGGUGUCGGUCUAGAGUUACAAAUUGCUGAGUUCAUUCGUUGUUUCUUCAUUUUGAGGAGCGCUUGUACAGCAUAUUCUUGUACAUUGUACUAUACAUACGUAUAUAUUAAUAAAUUGCGAUCCUCUUCUGCGUACUAA